CAGCCACGCGCCCUGCAGCUUCAGCUUGCUUGAGCUGUGUGAGCAACUACGCCGCUGUGAGAUGGGCCCGCCCAAAUGCAGCCAUCAGUUGCCAUAGAGCGCCAUGACGUAUUGGCCCAUCUCCUCGCCCUCCGUCUUUGCGGCCACCAAACACAGCAAUCCCGAGCGUGUUCAGACAUCCCACGACAGCGCAGAGACGCAGCAGGGCGAGAGACAUGGCAUUGCAGACGAUAACACGCGGAGCUCCGUCGCGGACUCGGAAGAACGGACGGAUGAAGGGUCUGCGCAAGGAGACCAUGGGGUUGAAGAGAAGGCGGUGGAACAGCGAUUGAAGCAAGAGCAGCUGGCCGAGGAUGAUAUAUCCGGCGAGAUCAUUGCGAUCAAAGUGACCCGGAGUGGGCAUAUGUUUGCGACUAUUACUCGGACCACCUUGACCAUUUGGCAGACCAAGCCCACCGCUAUCCUUGCCUCUGUUCUUCGUUCAGACCACUCCUUGAGGACGUAUGGACCUAAUAUCAACAUCCUCCUCCGCCCGGACUCGCAAAUCUUCGUUGUGCAAACCGCGCUGGGAUUCCUGAUCACGUAUUCCCUUGCGACCGAGCCUACGUCCCGCGUCUACAAGACCCAAUUCACACACACCGGCGGCGGGCAUUCGAGAAGGCAUAGCUCGGUGGGCGGCUUCAAGAUUCCGCGACAGCAUGACGCGAAUGCAGGGCCCGGCGAGGGCAGCGGUAUCAAAGAGCUCAGCCUGCGGUUUCGCAUGGUCAUACGCGUUGACGCAGGGAUCGCGCGAGCGUUAGCCUUGGAUGACGAGCUCAUUGUCGCGACUGAGAAACCCGCGGCUGUUCAGUGCAUACGCUGGGCGCCGGAUAGCAGUGGGAGCCAGACGAGCACUGAGCUACUGAGUCGCAUGACAUGGCUAGGAAAGAAGGCGACCAUUGUGGAUAUGAUUCAUGAUCGGCCCAUGAAUCUUUGCGCAUGGAUUACGGGCGAUGGAAAGGCGUUCGCGGUCCAGCGAUUGCCUCCAAAUACGCUGCAAGAUGGAAAACCGCACCCCAACCUCUUCCGCGGACAUGGCUUCCAUAACCCUGAAACAGAACCCGAAUUUGGGGUGAAAGCUGCGAUUAAUGCGCGAUUCUCCCUGCUUGCUGUGGGGUGCGUUCAUGGAGACAUAUACGUGUACACUGCACGAGACUACACAGGGAAUAUCCCACUUUCGCACAAGCUACGACCGAAUGCUACGAAUUCUGGGAAGCUGAACGUGUUAGCUUAUUCACCUGACGGAUAUUGCCUGUUCGCUGGUUAUGAGAAUGGAUGGUCAAUGUGGAGUGUCUACGGGAAACCAGGCGCUACCAGCUUCACCACCGACAGAGCUCUAUCAGAGACAAACGGCGAAGGAUGGUUGCUCGGCGUCAAAGAUGCUUUUUGGAUCGGCGGCGGGGCUGAAAUCCUCUUGUUGGGGAACAAAGACAAUCGGAUCUUCCUCCUAGAAAUGGCUCGCAGCGCGAUUACGGGAUGCUUUUCAUCUGCCAACGUCUCUAGAUCAUUGAUGCAAACCAGUACUGGCUUCAUGAUCUAUCGCGGCUACGAACUCCCUGAUCUCACGACAAUAUCCGCGGAUGUCUCGCUCUGGCAUCAUGUCCAAGUUCCAUCACACUACCUCGUGGAUCAGUGGCCGAUUCGGAGCGCUGUCAUCUCGAACGAUGGCAGAUAUGUUGCGGUGGCGGGUAAAAGGGGCCUAGCACACUACAGCGUGAAUAGCGGAAGGUGGAAGACGUUUGACGAUCCGUUCGUGGAGAAUGAGUUUACGGUACGAGGAGGGAUGUGCUGGUUCCAGCACGUACUUAUUGCGGCUAUCGAUUCGCAUGAUGCGCACGAGAUCCGUAUCUACUCGCGCGAGCUCUCUCUCGACAGCGACCAUGUCAUGCAUGUCCAGCAACUGCCAGCACCUAUCGUCCUAAUCGCGCCGUCUGGAGAAGAUUCUCUUCUUGUCUAUACCUACGAUAAUAUUCUUUAUCACUACGUAAUCAGUGUUUCAAAUGCCACGGUGAAGCUGGUCCAGGUCGGCCAGAUUGCUCUGCAUGGCAUCAUUCGCGCACCCCCUCGAGUCCGGGCCUUGAGUUGGAUUUUGCCUGAGGAUCAAAUUCACAACGGAGACCCCUCGCAAGAUGUUGCAGUUGCCACCAUACUGUUCCUUGUCGAUGGCAAGCUCGUCCUGCUACAGCCCACAACCACAGAAGGCGGAGAACUCAAGUACGAAAUGCGCAUCAUCGCACAGAACGUAGAGACGUAUGCGUUGAUGCGCGACCAUCCAGCGUUCGCGCUAGAGAUGCAGGCAGACUCGUUACCGCCUAGCCCCUCUGUAGGGCUGACGAUCAACGGUGUGCAUGGUCACGAUCUGCGCGACUCGCUGUGGUUCUUCGACGGCCAUGACGUACGAGUUUGGAUUGACAUGCAAGACGUUCUAUCAUCUGCAUCGGUCGAAUUGGGUAGGGAAUUACCGACUCCAGUCAAGAUGCCCAUCGACUUCUAUCCACUUUCCGCACUCAUCAAUAAGGCGAUUAUGUUUGGUGUGGAGUCGGAGUUGGUGCAGCGUAGGGAUACAAGCUUCGCCUACUUGCGAUUCGGGACAAGGACGCAUCUCUUUCUCCCCGCCUUGCUGCGGCACCAUCUUGCGCAGUACAAUCAUCCUGCAGCCUUGCAUCUCGCCCACCAUUACCAGCAUCUACUGUACUUCCCGCAUGCACUAGAGAUUCUUCUACAUGAAGUACUUGACGAGGAAGGAGACACGGCGCCACCGCCCGAACAAGCUCUGCUACCCUCGGUACUCUCCUUCCUCAGCUCCUUCCCGCAGUACCUUGACAUCGUAGUGCAAUGCACGCGCAAAACCGAGGUCCGUUUCUGGCGCACCCUCUUCUCCAACUUGCCCCCACCCGAAGAGCUCUUCGAGGAGUCCCUGCAGAAGGGUAGUUUGAAGACUGCAGGCGGCUACCUACUAGUUCUGCAUACAUUUGAAGAACUUAGCUCGACCGGAGACCAAGUAGUGAGACUGUUGCAGAGAGCAAAAGACGAGCAGGACUGGGACCUGUGCAAGGAGUUGGCACGGUUUUUGAUGGCGCUGGACGAGAGCGGAGCGACGUUGAGAAGAACACUGGAGCUGGUCGAGCUGAAGAGCCCGACGGCGGAGCCAGUGCAGGCUGCUUUCAGCUUCGAUAGCAGCAGGCUUGGUGUUCCGCGAAGAGGAAGAAAUCGGACGAAUGGAAUGGGGGAUAUCGGGAUGGGGAUUCAGUUUGGAUCUGGGACUGCGAGCGCAGAAGCGAGCUCCGCUGAGAGCAGUCGGAGCCGCAGUCCAACGAGCGCGCCGGCUACGCAGAGUGGGGGAGAUUAUUUUACAGGCGGCAGUGGUGCGAGUGGAUAGCAAUAGCAAUAGCAAUAUGGAUACCGCUCUUUGCGAUUCCGCAUCCCAGAAAGUCGAUGGACUUGCUGCAGGCUUCGCUUACCGACUGCUGUAUCGCAUGAUACAUGGCGCUCACCUAUGGGCUCGGGGACUGAAU